AUGAAUUACUCCAGUGCAAAUUUAUUAAUUAAUACAUGUCUCAAAGUCGAUCGAAGCUUGACGCAAAAACUGUCUAACAUAUGGCAUAAGGGUUAUGUUUUGAGUAACUGUUAUCAAAUAAGCUGUAUUCCUUUGAAGUCGUCUAUUCACAUUUCUCAUGCAAAUAAUCAAUCACACAAAGAGGACGUCCUUUUGUCACCACAAGAGGUUUCAGUUAUUCUUCGUAAGAAUGAAUUCACAAAAGACUUUAGUUACGGCUCCGUUAAAUCUUAUGAUUCAAAUCAAUUGCCAUCUAAUAAUCCCAUUGAAGACACGAGAAAUGAGGGUUACUCAAAAAUGAUACCAGGUUUACUAGUUGGUGUUUUCGAUGGUCACGGAGGGCCUGCAUGUGCACAAGUUUUAUCUAAGCGUCUAUUUAAGUAUCUGGUAGCCGCCCUUAUGCCUAUUGAGACAUUAAGAAAUUAUAUGAAACAGGAACCAAAAGCACUUAUUGUGGAAACAUUUAAUGACCGAGCUGAAAUUGUACAAGAUCUGAAGGAAAUAUAUGACAAGAGCUUCAAUAGUUUUCUACAGAAACUUAUUGAUAGCAACAGUAACGAAGUUGAUGUGUCAGCAUCAUUAGAAAAAGGUAUUUUACAAUUGGACGAGGAUUUGUCAAUGGAAGUGUUGGAGCCGUUUAAAGAAAGCGGUACAAUAAAUAAUAAGACAUUGUCUGUGGCUUUGUCUGGUGCUGUGGUUUGUGUGUCAUAUAUAAACGGACCUCACCUGUAUGUUGCAAAUGUUGGUGAUUGCAAUGCAGUUGUUGGAACAAUCAACGAAGAUAAUGAAUGGUCAGCAAAGAAAAUUACAAAGGAGCACAAUGCAGAGAAUCACGACGAGCUAAAGAGAAUAUGGAGUGAACAUCCGGAGGAGGAACGGAGAACUGUUAUCAGGAGGGAUCGUCUCUUGGGUGAACUGGCGCCAUUGAGGAGUAUGGGUGACUAUAGAUAUAAAUGGAAAAGUGAAAUACUAACUGACAUAGUGGUGCCAUUAAUUGGUCAGAAGGGUGUUCCAGCCAAUUAUAAUACACCACCAUACUUGACAGCCAAACCGGAUGUAUUUUAUCAUAGAUUGACCUCUAAAGACAAAUUUAUGGUGAUAGCCUCUGAUGGUCUAUGGGAUAUGUUGACUCCGCUGCAAGCUGUCAAGUUGGUCGGUGAGCAUAUGAAGGGAAAAGUGUUCUUCAAUCCACUUAAAUUGCCAAAGAAUAACAUACAAUUAGGUGACAUCAAUGAGCUACUGCUUCAUAGGAAGGAAAGUUUGAAGAGUAAACCAAAAGAUAGGAAUGCGGCCACUCAUCUCAUAAGGCAUGCCAUCGGUGGUACCGAAUAUGGUGUUGAUCAUUCAAGAUUGGCUCAUUUACUGGGUUUAUCACCAGAUGUGAGUCGUAUGUUCAGAGAUGACAUCACAGUAACCGUAGUAUACUUUGACUCUGAAUAUCUCAGGCAAUGCCCGGCAUAA